CCGCCCCAGUCGGAGAGCUCCCCGUUCCACCCGCGAUCCCCCUACGCGGCCGCCAAGGUCGCCGCCCACUGGUACACCGUCAACUACCGCGAGGCCUACGGACUGUUCGCCUGCAACGGCAUCCUCUUCAACCACGAGAGCCCCCGCCGCGGCGAGAACUUCGUGACCCGCAAGAUCACCCGUGCCGUCGGCCGCAUCCGCCUCGGCCUCCAAACCAAGGUCUUCCUCGGGAACCUAUCGGCCGCCCGAGACUGGGGCUUCGCAGGCGACUACGUUGAAGCAAUGUGGAUGAUGCUGCAGCAGGAGGAGGCGCGGGACUACGUGGUGGCGACGGAGGAAUCGCACACGGUGGAGGAGUUUCUGCAGGCGGCGUUCGGCUACGUGGGGCUGGAAUGGAAGGAGCACGUGGUGAUAGAUCCGCGGUACUUCCGGCCGGCGGAGGUGGACAACCUGAAAGGCGACUCGAGCAAGGCGAGGAAGGCGCUGGGGUGGAAGCCCAAGGUAGGGUUCCUGGAGCUGGUGAAGAUGAUGGUGGAUCAUGACCUGGAGAUCGCCAAGAAGGAGAAGGUGCUCGCCGAUGCCGGAUACAUCGACGCCCACCAGCAGCCCUAGUUCCGUUCCAUCUCAGCGGCGUUUGGUCAUUUUGAGUUCUCGCGGAUGUCGGACACAUCGACGCCCACCAGCAGCCCUAGUUCCGCUCCAUCUCUGCGGCGUUUUGUCAUUUUGAGUUCUUCGUAUUCGAUAAAAUUAAUUUCCCAAAGUUUUCUCCGAAA